AAACAAAGUUUGAGGCUAGUUGUGAACUGAAGGUCAGGCGGACUUCGGAAAUAACGUGAAAAUAAGGUAUUCGGAACGGUAAGUCACCAGCUUCUAGUUCGGAUAAUUGGCUUAUCUUGACCUUACGCCUGUGAUAUUUCUAAUCUAUAGCUUAAAUUCUGAAAAGUAGGUUCAUUCUGUGUUCAUGCAACUCGUCAGCUCACUUCCUAUUUUGUUUUCCUAACUCUCUCACUCUACUUUCACUCCCGCAACCCACAAAGUACCUCCAGGCUAGCCACAAGUCCACCAAAAACUGAAAACUACAUGAAUCCACACUUUGGAGGUGAGUUUUCAGACUUCAAGGCCUCUUGAGACUUUAUAAUUAGUGUCUUCAAUCUCACUCUCUUGGGAAGAAACCCCAAAGUGUUAUAAGAUUCUGUGAAAAUAUUGAGGAGGAAAUUUCCCCAAACAUUUUGGAAAUGUUUCCCACACCUGGGGGAAUUUCUAGGUUUUCGUGCCAUUUCCCCAGAGUUUUCUAUAGCGGUUUCUCCUAAAUUUACCUGAACCGGACAAAAAUUUCCACAAAAUUGGAUGAUUGGGUCUCGAUCAAUAGGGACGUAUUUACGUCUUAAUAUACUGUUAAGAACACUUUGGAAAAUGAGCUAACAGUACCAACAUUAAGGUACUUUGGUUGGUCAUAUAGAAAAAGCACGGUUCUAGGUUACAGGUUUUUAUGUAUGUUUUCUAUUGCUUUCUUACGAUUCUGAAAGUGGUGAGUAGUAAAACUAACCAUCCUAAACCGUUUUUAAAGGGGUUUCCAAGGAGUUUCCUAGAUAGUUCUCUGUUCAUCAUCACUUUGCACCCUAUCGUGUACUAAUUCGCUAACAAGCUUAGCGCUUUUUAUCCCAGGUUUAAAGAGUUCUGGCAUAAACCGUAACUGGGGUACUUCAUAAAUAGCCUGUUUAGUGUCAAUAAACGUUAUCUCAUCGGAGACUUUGUUGUCUUGAGCAGUUAUCUGUCCCCACUCGAUAAAGCAAUUGGCAGAAGUUACUAUCGCUUCCCAGAAAAAAAAACUCCAGUUGAUUUGAUAGUUUUUCGCCUCGAGACUGAAGGUCCUGGACUCGGCCGCAGGUGGAGUCAUAUACACUCAUUAAUGAGGACGUAGCGACUGUCCAUCGCGUCUCAGUUCUCACUGGUUGUUUAAACAUGGUCAACCUUUAACGAUAACUAUAUAUAUAUGGCUACGUGCAUACAACCACUACCAGGGAAGUCCUAUCCACUGCCUUCUCGUGGCCAAGGUGAUGUUUAUGAGAUUGAGAGGACGGAAAGCGAAUAUCCGACCCUUUAACGUAGUUGGUAGGCAUACAGGAUCCACCUAGGGGAGUUGGAAAACUUUGAUUGCAAACCAAUGGUGUACAUGGAGUCCAAUAUCCUGAGGGAACAAAUGGCGUCUGAACCUAUUGUAGGUCACCGGCUACCGUGGGACUGCAUCUCCUUACGUUGCUCCACUGUAUUGUGGAUUAGACCUCUAGGCCAAAGGUUCGGAGUGUGGCCCCCUAGGUAAACCAUCUGCUUCAGUUUGGGCACCCGAGCAUUAUCCCAGACCUCACACAAAUCGGAUGAUUUAUGUGGCGCGUAUAUAUUUGGUGCUUCCUUGUACCAAUGUUUGUGUUCAACUAAAUAAAUAUUUCCAUCAUAAAAAGUUCCUCAUGAAGUGUGAAUUUGACCAUGCAUGAAACCUUAUUUCAAGCAUUUGAUAUACGUUAUUUAUCCUCUAAACCUACUUCCCACCAAACUUGUCUUGCAUUAUCUAGUUUACAAACCUAACUGCAUUACAUUUGAUUGCAUAUGACCUAGUUUAAUUCUUUUCGAUGAAUCUUACGAAGACUAGUAAGUUGCUUCCAUUGUAUUUCUAGACUGAUACCGAUGGACAACUCAAUUUAGCUGGUACUCAACAUUUUGGUUUGUGAUGUUUAGAAGUAUUUGAAUUAUUAUACGGACUUGGAAUUCCCGAGAUAGUGCAAUUUACAGCAAUAAAACUAGAUGGGCACAGAUGAACGUACUGUAUUUGGAAUUCGAAAUCAGGCGAACAUUAAGUACAAAAGAAUAAUUAGUUCAUACAAUCACAGUUUUGUUUGGCCUUAGGUUAUUAUGUAAGUGAAAUAGUUAUUUUUUAUGAGGGAAGUUAUUUCUUGAGGAAAUUAGUUUGUUAAUGUACUUUAAGUAGGCAGAGCUUUGUUUUGAGUUGAUGUUCAAUUUUAGAGAAUGAGAUAUCGGUUUACAUAGUAAAUGUAAUUUUUAGUUUCCACCAAUCCCAUAUACAUUUUUUUAUUUUUAACAGAUCACCUGAUAGAUGGUUAAUUUGGGAUCUAAUAAUAAUACGUUACAAGAUCUAAAUGAAUCUUCCACUCAAUCUUGUUUUAGCAGAAAUUUUACAAAUUUUAUUGAGGAAAGAAAUUAUGCUGAUUUGAAAUGUAUAAAGGGUAAAAGUCUUCGAGAGAAAUUUCAUGAAUUAUUGCCUCCUAAUUAUUCUGCACAUCUAAAAUCUGAACUUGAUAAACGUAUCGAUCGUUUCAGGGAAUCUUGUUUACACCUGGUUGGAAAAGAUUCAGUUAAUAUCAAAGAGCUUGGUACAUGUGCAAUGUUUAUUUUAUUAGGCGAUAUGGGUGAACAGUUGAUGGAAUUGUUAAGUCGAGGCGUUUCUGUGAUGGACAUACCUCGUCAUUGUUCUGUCAAAAACUUAAAACCAAAAAUCUUGAGUAAAAUUGGUGGUUCUGGUGCUGAUGAUGUUGAUAUUGCUUGGACAGAAGUAUGUAAAUGUCUAGGUGGGAUACUAGCGUUUCAUCCAUUUAAGACAACCAAUCAAGAUGAGUUUAGUCAACUUUUCCGUUGUUGUCGUGUGGUUUAUCAAAGUGAUGAGUUUAUCACAAAAUCAACCAAUACUCACAAACAUAAGAAACUUAUCAUGAAAAAUGUUACAUGUAAAAAAUCUUCGGUGGUUCAUAAUGUGAAAGAAAAAAAAGUGGAUAUAAAAGAAACAAACGGUUUUUAUGAUACUGAAAUAACUGAUCCAUUAAGACGACUUCUUCUUACUCCACUUAUAGAACAAGAUCAAAAAAGAAAUUCUAAUCAACCUGGAACAUCGUCUUCGCUUUUUUCCUCUUCUACUUCUACAUCGUUACAAGCAACUAAUUUAAUUAAUUUAACAAAUAAAUUAUCUUGUAAAGCAAAACAGUUAGAUAUUACAAAAGAGCAAUUUAUUCAAAUGAUUUUUGAUAUUUUGGCUUCAUCCAAAUCAAAUGAUGAAGUACAAGAAGAGUUAUUUGAAUUGAUUGGGUUGGAUUGUGUCGAUGUGAUUUUUGAUCUGAUCAAUCGCCGUGCUGAGUGGACAAAUGUCUAUUUUACAACGGAAGGAUCUUCUGAACAGAAUGAUGCAAAACAAUCCGAACAAAUUAAAAAUGAUGAUGUAAACAAUUCUAAUGUUUCAUUAAUUGAAAAACUUUUCGCUGAUCCAUUGACUGCGUCUAAUACACGUCAAGCAAGAAUUGAAGAAAAUGCAUUGAAAACCAUGGAACGUUUACGUAAAGCUUUGAAUAAUCGAUCAUCCGGAUCUCAGUCAAAUGAUAAUGAUUUACCUCAUGUUUAUGAUGCGUCAGCUAAAUUACGGAAAAAUUCUAUUAUGACAGAUACUUCUAAACUUUUAUUACCGGAAAAUGUGAAAUAUCAACAGUUGGCACUAUGUGAUCAAGUCGAAUUUCCUUUAUCCGCUAAGCCGCCGGAAGAUAUACUGAACGUGAAGCGGGUUAAAAUUAGCUCUUUAGAUGAAAUUGGUCAAACGGUAUUUCAUGGGAUGAAAGAAUUAAAUUUAAUUCAAUCAGUCGUCUAUCCACUUGCUUAUCAUACAUCAGAAAAUCUUUUAAUCUCAGCUCCAACUGGUGCGGGUAAAACAAAUGUUGCACUGCUUACUAUUGUUCAAUUACUUCGUACUUAUAUGAAAGAGGAUAAUGUUUUAGACUUGAAAGCGUUUAAAAUUGUUUAUUUAGCUCCAAUGAAAGCGUUGGCAGCUGAAAUGGCCGAUACAUUUUCAAAACGUCUUAGUCCUUUAGGAGUACGUGUUAGAGAAUGUACUGGUGAUAUGCACUUAAGUAAACAAGAGUUACUUGAAACUCAGAUGCUUGUUAGUACACCAGAAAAAUGGGAUGUUAUCUCACGUAAAGGUACCGGGGAUGCUAAUUUAGUUAAAUUAGUCAAACUACUUAUUAUUGAUGAAGUUCAUUUAUUACAUGAAGAACGUGGUGCUGUUAUUGAAGCCUUAGUUGCACGUACUCUUCGACAAGUUGAAAGUUCACAAACGAUGAUCCGAUUAGUUGGUCUAUCAGCUACUCUACCAAAUUAUAUCGAUGUGGCUCGAUUUCUGUGCGUCAAUUUACAACGUGGUUUAUUCUAUUUUGAUUCACGUUUUCGACCUGUUCCAUUGGCCAUGUCAUUUAUUGGUAUUCGUGGAUCAAAUCGAAAAGUCCAAGAUUUAAAUAUGAGUACAAUUUGUUAUGAGAAAGUUUUGGAACAAGUUAAGCAAGGUGAACAGGUGAUGGUAUUUGUUCAUUCACGUGGUGAUACAUUUCGAACAGCUCGUGCUCUACGUACAUCAGCUCAACAACUUAAUCAUAUGAUGUAUUUUAGAAAUAAUGAUAGUUCAACUAUAAAAAUCUGUUUAAAAAGGUAA